AUGUGGCGGCAUUGUUCGGGGAGACGAUGGACGAUUCAUCAGCGCGUUUACUGCGAAUCUUGGAGGGGGUUCCAUUACGCGCGCAGAGCUGACUGGUAUUGUGUACGGGCUGAAGCUUGCUUGGGAUCAAGGGGCCAGGAAGGUGAUUCUCCAGACAGAUUCAGCAACCGCAAAGGCCUUGAUAGAGACUGCAUCAUCGCAUCACCCACAUUAUACGCGAAUAGCGGAGAUCCGGAGCUGGCUGGCCAGGCAUUGGACAGUCCGUAUAGAGCAUGUCUACCGCGAAGCUAA